CGAACCAACGUAGAAUUACUUCUGGGAUUCUUUACUUCAUGGUUAUCGAGAUAGUUGGAUUGGGCAUUCCAUUUAUAAUUAUCUGUUCAUGUGUCAUUCUCAGCAUGGGAAAUACAGUCGUCUCUCAAUUAGCCUUCAUGACUAUGUCCAUCUAUCCCAUAUUUGGUCCAUACUUUGUUCUCAUGUCCAACACAGAUUACAGGAACAGAGGGAAAGGGAUACUUAGAAAAGCGCAAGAGCUGGGAUCACGUACACCGACUAUUUGA